AAAUUUAGUUCCAAGUUAUAAUUUCAGCUAAAAGGUUAUUAAUACAAUUAUUAUUAGAAUCUAUAAUGUCUUGUAAAGAUUAUGACAUAAUAAUUAAAGAUGGAGUGUUAUGCACUCCCGGUACUGAAUUAAACGUUCCAAAAGGUUUAGGACAUUACAUAAUUGAAGGCUGUAACAAAUUUUCAAAAAAUAUAUUUCAAAUAUGUCAAUUUACAAACGCUUCAAUAACAUACUCCGAUUUCAAAAUACAAUCACUAAACUUGGCAGCAAAUCUUCGCCAUUUAUGUGGAGUUCAACCUGGUGAUAUUGUGAUGACUUCAAUGAAAAAUUCUUUAGUAAAUUCACUUCCCGUUGCUGCAGCGUUUUAUUUAAACGCAGUUACAAGCUCAAUAGAUCCCACAAUAUCUGCUCGAGAUUGCGAGUAUCUGAUUAAUUUGGCCCAGCCAAAAAUUAUAAUUGUGGAUGCUGAAGUCCAGGAGAAGAUUGAAGAAGCUAUUCAAAAUCUGACACUUAAACCAAAAUUGAUUGUAAACUGCAGUCAACCUGCAUCAGAAAGUAAUGAACACUUGCAUCUUCAGAAUUUGUUGCUUUCCACCGAAAUUUCAACUGGUUUUGAGCCUGUAAUAGUCAAAGAUUCCAAUAAAUCAAUGGCGGCGAUUUUAUUUAGUAGUGGAACUACAGGUUUCCCAAAAGGCAUUUGUUUGAACCAUCAAAGUGUGUAUUUUGCAGGUGUAACAAUGCAUGAGUUAAUGGACAUGCCUCAAGUUUAUCUCCUGUGCACGACAUUUUAUUGGAUAUCUGGCUUGGGAAUGUUUGCAGGGCAAUUUAUUAAAGGUUCUUCAAAAGUUGCUUUAAAAACAUUUGACAUUCACGAAUUCUCAAGACUAUGCAUUCAGAAUAAAGUUGAAGGAACAUUUUUGGCUACUAGCUACUUAUCAAAAUUGCUUCAAUACAAAGAUUUGGUAAAUCAGACACCUUUAAAGUCACUUAUUGCUGGUGGCAUGAUGGCUAACAAAGGACAAUUUGCUGUCAUGCAAUCCACGUUUCCCCAAAUUAACUUUAACCAAGUUUAUGGAAUGACAGAAUGUGGUGGUCCAAUUUGCGCGUUCACCGCAAAUUAUCGACAUGAUAUAAAGAAGUUCCCAGAAAGCACUGGUCCGCCCAUUGAAGGAUUUAGUAUCAAAAUUGUUGACUCGGAAACUGGUAAAAUCUUAGGACCAAAUCAACAAGGAGAAAUUUAUUGUAAAUCUAAAUAUAGUAUGAUGGGAUACUAUAGAAACGAUGUAGAUCAAGCUUUUGACAAAGAUGGUUUUAUAAAAUCGGGUGAUCUCGGUUAUUAUAACGAAAACAAGAUGAUUUUCAUUUCCGGUCGUAGUAAAGAUAUGUUUAAAUAUCAGUCAUGGCAUAUUGUGCCAGCUUCUUUAGAAUCUAUAAUACUAGAAUGUGAUGGUGUUGACGAAGCUAUUGUUUUUGGUAUUCCGCACGAGGAAGAUGGCUUCUUGCCAAGUGCCGCUGUUACUCUACAUAAGAAAAUGAGGGAUAAAAUCAAACCUGAGGAUAUUGCUAAUUUUGUAGCGGAACGAGUUGCUGAUAGACAAAGACUAAGAGGAGGAGUGUAUAUUCUCACCGACUUCCAAGAACGCCAACUGGAAAAAUCCAAAAAAUAAAAUUUAUGAUAUUAUAUCAAUUAAAAAUUAAAAAUUUGAAAUAAAAAAUUUAAUGAUGCAAU